UUUAUUGGAACAUCUGUCAAUGUCUGAUUGUCAAACAUUUAAACGAUCAGAAAUGUUUUGAAAUUUAAAUUUGUUACAAAUAUUUUUUUUCCUUUAAUUUAUCCACUUUAAUAUACAAUAAUACUAGUAAUAAGUAACACAAAGGCCAUAUAAAACUGUCUGGUUGUUAUCGUAUCGAGGUAAUUUAACAAUGGAUGAAAAAAGUGUUCAGAACUAUUCAACAUUAAGAGAAGAUCCAGAAGUUCUUUUGCAAUUUGUUAACAAAUAUUGUACAGUUGAACUAAUAAAAAACACCUCAUUUUCGGGGUUUGUCCAUUCUAUAGAUCCCAUAUCUAAAAGUAUUAUUCUAGCGGUACCAUUUGAGAAUAGUUUCCAAAUAACACUGUUACCUGGUCAUGCAAUUACAAAUCUGUUUGAAAGUAAUCAAGAAAAGUUGACAUCACCAUUUCAAAAACUGAAAGAUGAGAUCUCUAACAAUGAUAUUGCUGCCAGAAAAUCUAAAGUAAUGGAUUGGUUCAAAGUAAACCUACUAACAGUGACGGAGUUGAAUGAUAAUAUUGUAUUUGGAAAUGUCUCAAUAUUACCUCCAUACAGUGUUACUGAUAUUUGUACAGACAAUCCCAUGGUUGCAAUGCAAGUUAGAAAAAUCAUUGAAAGAAUGCCUGAUGACUAAAGUUGUAAUUAAAAAAUUAAAACUAUUGUUAU